AUGUGUCAAUAUUCGAUUGAUGAUUAUGAUCCUCUUCAAUCAUCAUUGAAUGAAAUCAUUUAUCAAUUUUAUUCGCACCAAUAUGAACCGACUACAUUUACAUGUUACGUCCAUUUACAAUGUGAUCGUGGUCCAACUCCGUCCUGUCUCGACUGGAGUGAAAUUUGUGAUGGAAAAAUCGAUUGCAUGAAUGGAGGACGUGAUGAAGAAUACUGCUGGCAACUUGAAAUCAAUGAUUGUGAAAAUAAUGAAUAUCGAUGUAAUAAUGGACAAUGUAUACCCUAUGAAUUCUUUCGUGAUGAUUCUCUUGUUCCUGAUUGUCUUGAUGGAUCCGAUGAAGUUUCAAUAUUUGAUGAUAAACGUGCCGACUGCCAUAAAAGCGAACCAACAUUUGCAUGCGAAGAUGUUAAUGACAACCAUACAACAUGCAUUGUUUCUGAACAUCUAUGUGACCGUUUGGACAACUGCGCAUAUGGAGAUGAUGAACAAGUAUGCGACAAGAGUCGAAACUUUACAAGUGAUGGAAGUGUUUGUUUAGAUGAUUUUGCCGAGAUGAGGUCUGAUGUCGAAAAGUUUCUUUGUGGACGACUAAAAGAUACAGCUAAACAACAGAUUGUGCAUUUUUCACUCGACAGUGAUCGAAAAUGGACUAUUAACACAAGAAAAUCAAAUGAAAAAAAGAUUCAUUCACAUUCAUUUAGGCGUCAAAUUAUUCAACGUUGCCAUCGUGGUUUUGAUUUACGAGUCUGGUUAGACAAACAAAAGAACAUCACAACAACAACAUGUCUUUGUUCACCAAGUUUCUAUGGUGACAUGUGCCAAUACCAAAAUCAACGUGUAAGUCUCACUGUGCAAUACCGAGCUUUAUCUGAUGCGUGGCGGACACCAUUUGUUCUUGUUGUCAUGCUUAUUAACGAUAGCGAUGAACGAACUAUACAUUCUUAUGAACAGUUCACUUAUCUACCAAUGCGAGAUUGUCAAAUCAAAUUCAAUUCUUAUUUGCUCUAUGCAACACGGCCAAAAAACCAUUCAAAAAACUAUUCGGUACAUAUCGAUAUCUAUGAAAAGUUCUCGUUAGCUUAUCGUGGAAGUUGGCUAUUGCCAUUGAAAUUUCCAUUUUUGUCCGUGCAUCGUCUUGCUGUUCAAUUAGAUAUACCACACAGUCUUGACAGUAUCAAAAGUUGUUCAGAUCGACAGCGUAUCUAUGGGCAUUGUGUUAGGUAUUCGAAUAAUCAGGAUGGCUCUACUUUUUGUCAAUGCAAUCGAGGUUGGUCUGGACGAUACUGUACAAUUCCACACACUUGUACGUGUUCUUUUGAUUCUCUAUGUGUUGGUAUAUUAGUUAAUAAUCGAUCUUUGUGUGUUUGUCCGAUUAAUCGAUUCGGUCCUCGAUGUUUGCUCGACAAUACAUUGUGUGAACUUGAUCAAAAUACGACAUGUCUCAAUGGUGGGCAAUGCAUUCCAAUUGAUGAACAUAUUGUAUCUGAAAAAAAAUUCACAUGUAUCUGCUUGAAAGGUUUUUCUGGAGAUAGAUGUGAAAUAGCUGAUAGUAAAAUCAUCGUUUCAUUUCACAAAAAUAUUCCUCUUUCACAAGCAAUGCUUAUACAUUUUAUUCGAGUGAUCGAUAAUGCGCCACCUGAACGUGCGACUACUUUCAAAACAAUUCCUGUUCAUCAGAACUCAAUUAUUAUUUAUUGGUCACGCCCAUUUCAUCUUGUCUUUGUCGAACUCUUUAACAAAAGUUACUAUUUAGCUGUUAUUCAAAGAAUAUUCUAUCCAUCAACAACAAUUGUCAGAAAAAUCAAUUCAUCGAAUCGUUGUGAACACAUAAACGGACUGUCUAAUGAAACAAUCAUCAAAUUACAUCUUCUUCGUCGUAUCAAAUAUUAUCAUGUUCCAUGUCAACGACAUUCACCAAAGUUAUCUUGUUUUUAUGAUGAUAUUCAUCUUUGUUUAUGCAAUAAUCAUGGUUCACAUCGUGUGGCUAACUGUUUUGAAUUUGAUCAUCAUAUGAAAAGUGAUUGUCUUGGUCGCAGUGGUUGUGAAAAUGGAGCUCAGUGCUUUCAAGAUAGUUUAACUUGUGCACAAACAUCGAUUUGUGUGUGCCCAGCUUGUUUCUAUGGAGUACGAUGUCAAUUUAGUACCAGUGGCUUUGGUCUUUCACUCGAUACCAUUUUGGGUUAUCACAUUAUACCACAUCGCAGCAUCCUACAUCAGUCAUAUGCUGUACAAAUCAGUGCAGUUUUGACUGUUAUCAUGGUUAUAGUAGGACUGAUCAAUGGUGUUCUCACUUUGAUCACUUUUCAAAGUAAGAAAUUACGUGCAGUCGGUUGUGGUUCGUAUUUGAUAGGAUCAUCGAUCACUACUCUACUGACAAUGACUCUGUUUGGUAUCAAAUUUUGGAUACUUGUGAGUUCACAAAUGGCACUGACAAUCAAUCGAUUCUUCUUAUAUAUACAAUGUCUAUUGAUCGACUUUCUUCUGCGCAUUUGUCUCAGUAUGGAUCAAUGGUUAAAUGCAUGUGUGGCUGCCGAGCGCGCAACAACUGCUUUAAGCAAAGUUAAAUUUGACAAGAAAAAGAGCAAGAAAGUAGCUAAAUAUGUGAUUAUUACUCUUCUUGUUUUGACAAUAAGUACAGCUAUUCAUGAUCCUAUUCACCGACGCCUUUUUGACGAUGAGGAUGGUGAAGUCAAACGGAUAUGGUGUAUUGUGACUUACAAGUCCAGCUUUCAACUCUUCAAUUCGGUUAGUUAUCUCUUUCACUUUUCUAUUCCACUUUUCAUCAAUCUAAUCUCGGCUCUAAUCAUCUUGAGAUCAAAUGCUAGACAAAGAGCUAUCGUUCAACCUCAUCAUACUUAUCAACAGCUGUUGCGUCUACAAUUUCAACAACACAGUCGUCUGAUUAUAGCUCCGUUUGUCUUGGUCAUUCUUGCUGUUCCACGUGUGAUUCUUUCUUUUGUUUCUGGUUGUAUGAAAUCAGCUCAUGAUUCAUGGUUAUUCCUUAUCGGAUAUUUUGUUUCAUUCAUCCCACCGAUGGUCACACUUUUAGUUUUCAUUUUACCGUCAAAAUUAUAUAAAGAAGAGUUUUGCAAGAUUAUCAAGCGUUACUGGAGGAUGAUAUAAAUGUGUUCUAUAUCUCGUUAU